AUGUGGGGGGAAGGCCAGCGGGAAUCACCCACCCCGGUGCCUGCCCGAAUCCGGGAGAUCGUGGCCAGCAGCCUGGCCGAGGAGCCCUGGAAAGGGGUGCCGGAGCCCCCGGACGCCACGGCCCGCGUGCAGGAGGACAAUGAGCUCCUGCAGGGGGAGCUGUCCAGGCUGGGGGCCUUGCUGGCCCAGGCGGGUGCUGAGCGGGAGGAGCUGACCAGCAGGUACCACGCGGUCAGCCAGCGGCUGCAGGCCCGGCUGGAGACCACUGAGGCCCGACUGCGGAGGUCAGAGCUGGAGCACAGCGUGGACCUGGAGGAGGCCUUGGGCCGUCUGGAGGCUGCCGAGCAGAGGAGCAUGAGCCUUGCACAGGUGAACACGCUUCUGCGGGAGCAGCUGGGACACAUGAAGAAGGCCAAUGACACACUGGCUGAGGAGCUGGCCCGGACGGCGGGCAACGUGCUACGGCUGAGGGGUGAACUGGAGCUCCAGGAGGAGAGGCAGCAGUCCAAGAGAGAGGCCUGGCGGACACGCCUGGGAGAGUCCCAGGACCUCCUACUCCUGUGGAAACAGGCCACGGCACUCCGGGCACACCUGGCCGAGCUUCGAGCUGCCACCGAGAGGGGUCUCGCCGACAUGCGGGCAGAUGCGGCCAGGACAGCACGGCACCUGAAAAUGGCCUGCCGGAAGCUGAACUCCAACCUGCGGCUGGCAGCCUGCAGUCCGGCCGGCGCCCUGGAGCAGCGGCUGCAGGACGAGGUUCAGGAGAUGCGCGGGCUGCAGGGCUGCUGGGACGCGGAGAAGGUGGCGCUGCAGGCCAGACUCUCGGAGCAGACGCAGUUGGUGGAACAGCUCACGGAGCUGAACGCCAGGAAGGACAGCACCAUGAACACCCUCACAGUGGAGGUGCAGAGACUGUUGGCCUCGGCAGACAUGGAGAGGGUGCCGGGCAGCAGCCCAGAAGACUACAAGGCUCUGGGCCAGCCAAGGAGCCCCCUCCACACCGCAUCUCCCCGGCCUGGGGGGCUGUCCACCCCCCGGACCCACUCCCCGGCCACCCUGCAUGCCACCCUGCAGGCCGUGUGGGCAGCCAUCGAGAGACGGCAGCAGCGGGAGCAGGAGCUGCGCCUGCAGCUGGAGGCCUCCCAGGUGGCGGCGGCCAGGCUCCGGGAGCAGCUGUCCGAGUGCCAGCAGGAGCUUCGGGCCUCACAGGGGCUUCUGCAGGAGCAGGCGAGGGAACAGGCUCGGGAGCAUGAGGGCCUCCUGGAUGAGCUGGAGACCCGCAGUCAGGAGGCGCAGGGCUGCAGGCUGUCCACCGAGCGCCUGGGAAGGGAGAAGGCAGCCCUGGAGGCCGUGGUGGAGGAGCUGAGGGGGCAGGUGGACAUCUUGGCUAUGGAGAGAUGCGCACUGGAGGGCGCCAGCGCUGAGCGGCAGAGACGCCUCCUGCUGUGUGCAGAGCAGGGGCCCGAGCUAGCACAGCAGGAGCGCCGGAACUGGCGGGAGCUGGACACCAGCCAAGGGCGCCUGGCACAGCUGGAGGGGACGGUCUCGGGGCUCCGGAAGGAGCUGGUGUCAGCCCGGGAGGCACUGAAUGCCACUCAGCUGCAGCGAGACGUGCUGGAGAAUGAGAGCAAGGGUCUGCGUAGUGCCCUGGCCCGGGCCGAGUCCAGCAAUGCUGACCUGGAACUGCUGGUGACCCGGCUCAAGUCUGAGGGGGUGGGGCAAAGGGACUCCCUGGCCAAGAUGGCCGCCCUGAUGGAGGGGCUGGCUCAGGACAAGGGCACCCUGAACCACCUGAUCCUCCAGCUGGAACAGGAGCGUGACCACCUACAGGAGCAGCAGCAAGCCCUGGAACGGGAGCAGGCUGCCGCACGGGAGCAGCUGGCACGGGCAGAGCAGCGGUUGGAACGGGAGCAGGUGGAGCACAGGGGCCUGCAGCAGGCCUACGGGUGCCUGGAGGGACAACAGGAGCAGCUGGAGGGGCAGGUGGCCCAGCUCCAGCAUGAGCGGGCGCAGCUGCAGGAGCAAGUGGGCCAGGUCACCUGCAAGAAGCAGGCCCUGGAAGAGCAGCUGAUACAGAGCUUGCAGGAGCGGGAGGUCCACAUGGACUCCCUGCAGCAAGCCCUGCAGGAAAAGGAGGCUUUGUCUGAGGAGCGGGCCCAGCUGCUGGCCAAGCAGGAGGCCCUGGAGCAGCACAGCCAGCUCACAGCCAAGGAGGCAGCUGACCUCAGGGUGGAGAGAGACUCCCUGGAGAGCAGACUAUUUGAGGUUCAACAGCUGGUGGCGCAGCUACAAGCCCAGCAGGAACAGCUGGAGGGCGCGGCCCAGAGCGCACGCUUCACACAGCAGUCCCUGCAAGUGGACAUGGAACAGCUGAAGAGUGCAGGGGAGGUCCGGGAGACUACGCUGCAGUGGGACUUAGAGCGGCUCCGGCGGCAAGUGGCGCAACUAGAGCAGGACUCACAGCUGGCCCUGGAGAGCCGGGUGCUGGCCCACCGUGAGGACCUGGCACGGCUCCAGAGAGAGAAGGAGACUAUGAGUCUGGCAUUGACAGAGGAGAAGGAGGUGGCCAUCUGCCAGCUGGAACAGGAGAAGGAGCUGGUGGCAAAAGGUGCAGCUGAGAGGGAGGCUCUGAAGGAGGAAAUUCAAAACCUGAAGCAGGAGCGGGAUGAGAGCAUUCUCCAACUGGAGCAUGAAAUGCAGCAGGCCUUAUCCCUGAAAGAAGCAGAGAGGAGCCUGCUGAGAGAGGAGCUGUCUGCCGCCACGGAGGAGCUGGACCGGGUCCGGCGGGAGGCCAAGGCCCAGCAGGAGCGAGCCGAGGCCACUGUAACCACACUGACCGAGGAGCUGAGGGCCCUGCAGGCCCAGUUUGCGGACGCCAUCACUGCCCACCAGAAAGAAACCACAGCCCUGAGCACCAGCCUCCGGGAGGUGGCGGCCGAGCGGGGCAGUGUGGGGAGAGAGGCUGAGCAGCUGCGGGCACAGCUGGCCGUGGCCCAGGAAGGACUGGCCACACUGCGCCGGGAGCUGCAGAGCAUCGAGGAGAGCCGAGAGGGGUUUCGCAGGGAGGCCCUGGAGGCCCGCCGGGCACUGGGUGACGAGGCCCACGAGAAGGACAUGCUGCAGCUGUCAAACAUGGAGCUUCGGGACGCUGUCCGCACAGCCGAGCAGGAGAAGGCCAGUUUUAAGCGGUCCAAUGGGGAGAAUGAGCAGAAGGUGCUGGUCCUAGCGGAGGCCCUCACAGCAGCCCAGAAGGAGGCGGGCCAGCUGCGGGCCAGCCUGAGGGAGGUGGAGAAGGCACGGGUAGACGCUCGCCGAGGGCUCCAGGACCUACGCAGACAGGUGAAGGUGCUGGAGGCCGAGGCCCAGAGGAAGGGCCGGGAGGUGGGUGCGCUGCAGGCCCGAGCCGCCCGGGACACGCAGCAGCAGCAGCGCAGCCGGCAGCAGGCACUGGAGCUGCAGAGCAGGGCGGUCGGGCUGGAGGCGGCCUGCAAGGCGGCCAGGAAGGAGGUCCUAGGGCUGCAGCGGAAGCUGGCGGAGGUGGAAGCCGGCCGUGAGGCCCAGGAGAAACAGCUCAGGGAGCAGGUCCAGGAGAGCCGGGCGGCCGAGCAGGCACUGCGAGCCGAGGUGCACAGCGUGGCCCAGAGGCUGCGGCAGGCGGACAGCACGGCCGAGGGGCUCCGGGCACGCCUGCACAGCACUGGCACUCGGAUGCACGGCCUGGAGCAGGAGCUGGCGAGGGCAGAGGGCGCCCGGCGCGACACAGAGGCCCAGCUGGACCGGCUGUGUUCCACGCUGCGCCGCAGCCUCGGGCUCCGGGGACGGAGCCCCACAGCCUCCCCCGAGCGGCCCGGCUCCCCCACCAAAGGCUCCGACAGCUCCCAGACUCCCACCAGGUGGCAGAGCGCCAGCCCCCCUGCUGGCUCCUCACCUGGCCCUGGGGACGAUGGCCUGGAGGUCCUCAGCGUGGCCUGUGUUCAGAGAGCACUGAGGGACUUCAUGCAGAAGCUGUGGCACACCCAGAGAGAGCGGGACGACGCACGCUGCCGGGCAGCGAGCCUGAGCGGCCGGCUGAGCGAGGCAGAGAGUGCACGGGCUCGAGCCCAGAGCCGCUCCGCGCAGCUGCAGAAAGCACUGGGCGAGGCAGAGGAAGGCCAGCGCCGGGCUGAGGCCCAAGUGAGCAGCGUGAGCAGAGCAAGGGCCCUGCAGGAGGAGGAGCUCCGGAGGCUGCGGGCGGAGCACCUGGUGAGCACCCAGGCGGCAGAGAAGGAGAGGUGCCGCCUCCAGGCGCGGCUGGACGCACUGCGCCAGACACUGGACGAGAGCAGGAAGCACAGCCAGGGGCUGGCCCUCCCCGGGAGGCUGCUGGAGGGGCAGCUGGCCGACCUGGAGCGCAGGUGCCGGGAGGCAGAGGGCGCUCUGGAACCCCUGCAGCAGAGAAAGCGAGAGACUAUGAGACAGGAGGGGGCCACUGCACGGCUGGGGGCCAAGGAGCAACAGCUGGAGCGGUCGCUGAGCGUCCUGCCCCAGGAGGUGGAUGGGGCCCUUGAGCAGAACCAGCAGCUGCAGGCCCAGAUGGCAGAGCUGCAGCAGGGCGGGGCCCAGCGGCUCCACGAGCACCAGCAGGACACAGCCGCCCACACGCAGCGGCUUCGUGGGGCUCAGCUGCAGGCCACACAGGCCCUGGAGGCCCGAGAGCAGUCCCACCAGCAACAGGUAAGGGAGCUGGAGCAGCAGGUGACCAGCCCGAAGGAGCAGCUGGCGGAGGAAGACCAGCGGCGGCAGCAGGCGUGCCCGGACCAGGCCUAUCGAGCACGGAAGUGA